AUGAUCCCCAAGGAGCAGAAGGAAACUGUGAUGAGUGCCAUAGGGGACCUCUCUGGACCAGUCCCUUCCUUGGACCUGGGCAAGAAGCUGAGCGUGCCCCAGGACCUGAUGAUAGAGGAGCUGUCACUGCGCAACAACCGGGGCUCCCUCCUCUUCCAGAAGAGGCAGCGCCGCGUGCAGAGGUUCACCUUUGAGCGUACAGACAGCCAGCGGGCGAUCGUGGCCGGAAGCGCCACGGGGAAGGUGACCAGAACCGCGGAGCCAGGGACGGUGAGCGCUGUCAACGGCCCCGAGAGGCAGGAGAACUACCGCUCGGAGCUCCAUAUCUUCCCGGCUGCGUCUGCGGGCCCCCAGGACGCCCGCCCCGCAACCGCCCCUGCGGAGCGCGCCCACUCCCCCAGCGCCCUGGCUCCCGGCUACCAAGCGCCCCUGAAGGGCGUCCCGCCUGAGAAGUUCAACCACACAGCCAUCCCUAAGGGUUACCGCUGCCCGUGGCAGGAGUUCAUCAGCUACCGGGAUUACCAGAGCGACGGCGGAAAUUACACCACCAGCCCCGCGGAGUACCGCAAUUUCAACAAGACCCCAGUGCCAUUUGGAGGACCCCUUAUUGGGGACACUGUUCCGAGGGAAGUCACGCCCUUUGUCCCGGGGCUCAACAGUGGCUUGGAACUCCUCCGCCGCAGACCCAGCUUCAACAGAGUGGCCCAGGGCUGGGUCCGCCACCUCCCGGAGUCCGAGGAGCUGUAG